AUGACCUUUAUCUACAUCGCCACCCAGGGCCCCAUUAACAUCCUGUACAGUCUUUACAGUAGAUGGUGGAUGGGCGACGCGCUAUGCACAUUUCUUUUCUACACAAUUUACACAUCCUCGGCGGCCAUUGUCCACGCUCAUCUCCUCAUCACCAUCAACCGUUUGUGGGCCAUCACGCAACCGGUGUCCUACAAGAAAUAUCAUAACACCGCUAUCGCUGUUACGUUGUGCGUGUUUAUGCUUUUGUACUUUCACGUGCAGCCGUUGUACGGUGUCGUGAUGGAUGGAGUGUCCCAUAGAAUGCCUACUUCCACAGGACAGUGCUUAAUCAACAUGGAGGCGCAGUGGGCAUGGGGAACCGCAACAGAGUUAGUGAACUUUACCUUCCCGAUUAUCUUCAUGGUGGGUUGUAAUGUGUUCUUGUUGUACCGGCGAAAAAGACGGUUUAAUGCGCGCAUCACCAUCACAACGUACAACACCAAUACGAAAACCAUGUCCAGUCAUACGGAGCACAAUUCCAGCAAUAUGCCGGUUGUGGGUACGAAGAAACCCCCAAAAGAGCCGAAACGGACGCUGGUCCUGCUAGUGUGCCUGACGCUGAGUGUGGUGAUCUGCUGGACGCCGGGUGUGUCACUCUUCACCAUCACGCUGCUGUUCAACGUGAAACUGCCGUAUUUGUGGCUGCAGAUUGGCGGGAUGAUGUUCUCCGCGCAAUCGGUGGUCGAUCCGAUUAUAAUUAUCUUAAAUAUGGAUAAGCUCCAGAAAAGGAUUUCAUGGACAUUCGUCCCGGUUAUGAAUACGCUGAUCCUGAUUUUGGCACUGGCAUUUAACGGUUUCUUAAUCAAUUUAUUCAUCAUGACCCGCAAUCUCCAUACCGCCUUCAGCGCAUAUCUGGUUAACCUUAUCCUGAUGACCUUUAUUUACAUUUCCACUGAGGGCCUCAUUAACAUCCUCAACACGUUAUACAACUGA